AUGGUGGCCAGCAUUCGGCUACUUGCGUGCGGCCGUUUGGCAGUUAGAGCGGUUUUCUCCGCUUCGGCCAUCGACUUAGGUUAGAGUGGAAAAAAAAAAUCCCUACUAUUAAAUGAUUAAUUGAGGUGGAGCCGUAGCUUCGGAAGCAGGUGCGAUCACUUCGAAGCGAAGUUUAGCCACUGGUCCCUCAGCUCCCGGAAAAGCCGAAGCUGCAGCGACGCCAUCGAAUCAUGUCGAAAAUGUCAUCGCCAGUUGUGCUGGCUUCCCCAAGGUGGGACUUCGUGGCGCUACGAAAAUUGAAAAUUGUGUCGAAUUUGAAAAUUAACCGAUUUGGUUCAAUUCGAACCACUUAUGAGCAUAAAUUUUCUCUCAUUUGGAUGUCCCUUAUAAAGAUACUUUCAAAAUCAAAAAAAUGCAUUCUUCUUAAAAAUCUCUGUUUUUUUCAAAAACUCAUACAUUUCUCGAUUUCUUGAUCAAUAUAUGUGAAGAAAGGAUUUUAUCAUUUUAAAAACUGUUGUUUUCUCCUUUUAUCAGAUUGAGAAACCUAAAAAUUUGAUAUUUUUCUGAACAAAAACUUUUAAUUUUUUCAAUUUGAAGCUUCGCCAUGUUUCAUAUUCCCUUACAAGUUCAAACGAACUAUUAUUAUAAAAAUUGUUUACAGGACAUGCUCAAAGGCCCAUCGAAAGUACUCGACAAGGGCGUGUAUGGCGACGACGCCUGCUUCAUAUCUCGAUUCAAGAACACUUUUGUCGUUGGUUAGUGCAGGACUUUACAAUUUUCAAUGAUUAAAUUUUUUGCUCAGGUGUCGCUGACGGCGUUGGCGGCUGGAGAAAGUACGGAAUCGAUCCAUCCGCAUUUUCCAGACGUCUGAUGAAAGAGUGCGAAAAGCGCGUCGCCGACGGUGACUUUGACCCACAACGGCCGGAUCGGUUGCUCGAAUUUGCGUUCCGCGCGACUGCAGAAGCGCCAAGACCCGUUGGGUCUUCGACGGCCUGCGUCUUGGUCGUUCAUCAGGAGAUGCUCUAUUCGGCCAACCUGGGAGAUUCUGGAUUCAUGGUCGUCCGUGGCGGAAAGGUACACCAUUCUUCCGAAUUUCUGAACGAAUUAAAAGAAAACACAAGUUUUUUUUGCAAUAAAAUAGCAUUUUUGCAUAGAAGAAUAACGUAGCUACUAAAAAUAAAUACUCGGACCUUGGAAACGCGAACGGGACGCGAAUCGGACGUGUCGGGGCAUUUCUAGUGACCACUUUAGUAGCCUCAGCACUCUUAAGUGAUCCCUAGAAUCGCCCAAAAACGUCCGUUUCGCGUUACCAAGGUCCGAGUAGGUGUAAACUAAUCGUGUGAUGGCAAUAAAGAGCGUGCGCCUCUUGCAACUUUUUGAGCAUCGCAAAAAUAUUUCAAGUUUUUUUUGACGUGUUCAUCGGAGUAACGGAACAUGUUUUAAAACGUAAAACGUGUUCAUCGGCGCACCAAAAUUGCUCCGAAACAGUAAUUUUUUGGAGCAAUUUUCAUACGUUUCGGAAUAAAUUUCGUUUUGUUCGAUGAACACGCCAUUAGGAUGUUUUUCUCUAAUUCUGUGCAAUUUCAAUGCCGCGUUCAAAGUCAUUCCCGCGAAAUUCAGAACUGUCUCUGAUUUCCAAUAUUUAGUUAUCUUUUCAGUUCUCUGACGCCUAUUUCGAGUUUUGCGGAAUUAAGCUCAAUUUACUGGUUUUUCAUUUUGUGACAUUUUGCUUUUUCGAAAAUUGAUGAACCUUCUUUUUCUCUAAUCUUCAAUUAAAAUGUAGGAUUUCGUCGAUAGUUUAUCGAGAAAAGUUAUCACUAUAUUUCUGAUAAUGAACAAUCUUUUUUACAUUUUUUUUUUCAGGUAAUUUCCAAGAGUCGAGAACAGACACAUUACUUCAAUGCGCCAUUCCAGCUCACAUCUCCACCCGAGGGUACGUGAAAUCGAAGUCUUUUUUCCAAUUUUUUUCAAGGAAUGAAGAAGAAUUUCAUCGGUGACCGACCUGAUAUGGCUGACCGCGAAGAACUGCCUAUGCAGAAGGGCGACAUUAUCCUUCUCGGUUUAUUUUCUUGCUUGAGCAAAGAUUAAACUUAAUUUACAGCUACUGACGGCCUUUGGGAUAACCUCAAUGAGCAACAUGUUCUCGAGCAGCUGAAGACGCUCGAAGCCGGAGAGGCCAAUGUUCAGGAGGUCCUUUUGUUUAACGAAUGUGUUUCAAAAAGGUUUGACGUUAAGGUUUGCAACGCGUUGGCGUUGACGGCCCGGCGACUUGCAUUCGACUCGAAGCACAACAGUCCGUUUGCGAUUAAGGCUCGCGAGAAUGGUUUUUUGGCCCCUGGCGGAAAGCCAGAUGACAUUACUCUUGUCCUUUUGCUCAUCGCGUAG